AUGUUAUCCGUUGCUCGCCGCCUUCAAAUAUUAUGCCUUGCUCCGGCAGUCGUAUUAGGAGCGCUUGAAGUUGAUCUGAAUUCAAAAGAAUCUAUCAGAAAUGCCGCGAAACAGGUCGCCUUUGACUUGAUGACCUACUAUGAUGGCAACGAAACAGGUCACGUACCAGGUAUCUUGCCGGGACCGCCGCCGGACGGAGACUACUACUGGUGGCAAGGAGGCGCGCUUUGGGGUGCGAUGAUAGACUACUGGCAUUACACAGGUGACGAUACGUACAACGAUGUCACGUUCCAGGCAAUGCAGUUCCAGGUUGGCGAAAACGAGGAUUACGCGCCCCGGAAUUGGUCGCUUUCACUCGGUAAUGACGAUCAGUCCUUCUGGGGCAUGUCAGCGAUGCUAGCGGCUGAAAACAAGUUCCGGGACCCUCCUAAGGACAAGCCGCAAUGGAUUGCCCUCGCUCAGGCUGUUUUUAACGACCAGUCCGCACCGGAUCACUACGAUGGCAUCUGCGGUGGUGGCAUGAGGUGGCAGAUCGCCCCUACUAACAAGGGUUAUGAUUAUAAAAACACUAUUGCCAACGGUUGCUUCUUUAACAUAGCAUCUCGUCUCGCUCGAUACUACAGCAACGAAACCUACGCGGAGUGGGCGAUCAAAACGUUCGACUGGAUUUAUGACAUUGGGUACAUUGACAAAGACUGGAAUGUAUUCGAUGGCGGCCAUGUGCAGUACAACUGUACGGAUAUCAACCGCCAGCAAUAUUCGUAUAACGCCGCUAUCUUAUUGUCGGGAGCGGGUUACAUGUACGAAUAUACUAAUGGUAGUAAAUUAUGGGAGGACCGGAUCAGCGGACUUCUGGAUGGGAUGGAGCGUAUAUUCUUCGUAAACGGCACAUUGUACGAGCCAAGUUGCGAGGCUGGUUUAUGUACCUCGGACAUGUUGAGUUACAAGGGAUACGUACACCGAUGGUUGGCCGUAACGACGUUAACAGCACCCUUCACCCGCGAACGCAUCAUGAAGCUGCUCCGCUCAUCCGCCGAACACGCCGUCAAGCAAUGUACCGGCGGUGCCAAUGGUCGCCAGUGUGGUUUCCACUGGACAACCGGCGUCUACGACGGCCAGACCGGCGCAGGCCAGCAGAUGAACGUUCUCGGCGCGCUUACGAGCUUACUCGUCGAGGACGCGAAUCCGCCCGUUACUAACAGCACGGGCGGCACCAGUAUCGGCAAUCCCAAUGCUGGAAAUCCCAAGUCUUCGCUGGUUCAGGAGACCCCUGUAACUACGGGGGAUAAGGCCGGCGCGGGGAUAUUGACUGCGUUCUUGCUUGGUACUACUAUUACCGGUGUCCUGUUUAUGGCACUGGAUUGA